UAGCUGAGAACGGUUAGCGUCUGUGCAAUCGUCACGCUUAGUCUAGGGUUUUGGUGUAGAGUGUUGGAUCGGUAUUAAGCGAGAAGCAAACCGCGAAGAAAGGAUGGAAGCCGACGUUUUGAAUGCGUUAACAACGCAAACCGCAUGGAUGCCGGGUGGACGGGAUCGUGAUGGGCAUCCACUGGUCGUAAUACCGGUACCCUUCUAUGACAGUCUACCCUGGAUGAAGGGCUUCCUAGAUACGACGGUGCGGUAUUUGCUGAACAGCUUGAGCCAUGAUACGGUGAACAGUGGACUCGCCAUUAUUCUUGAUGCGCAAAAGUGCUCCUGGCGAGUGGCACGACAGUACAUACGGCACGUGCAGCAGUUGCUAGGAGAGCAUAUAAACAGCUUUCUCGUCAUACGACCGGAUGCUUUUUGGGAUAAGAAUCGCGUGGAAAACUGCGCUCGGCAACACCGCAAGGGUGAGCCUACAAUCAUUUCAAAAUCACGCUUGACGAAAUAUUUUGAUGUCAGCGAGCUGCCAGAGGAGCUGGGAGGAUUAAUUGCAUACAACCAUGACCAGUGGAUACAAUCACGUGAGCGCAUCGAAGAAUUCCGAAAAUCCUACGACAAAGCGAUCGGUGACCUAGAAAACUUGCAUCUCAUCUUGCUGGACAACCGGACGAUACGAGCCAGCGAAUCAUCGGCGGCACUCAAAUCAUGCCAAAGGCUGAACCUGGAUGUGCAAAAGUUUCUCUCUCUCGUUAUGGACAACGGCAAGAAACUGUUGGUGCACCUAAGCGACCUGCACGCCUCAAGAUCAGUCGUAUCUCAGGACCUCACGGAUAGCAAAUGCCUGGUUGAAACCAUGCUCAACACACUCGAUCGCAAACAGACUGCCGUAAACGCGGCACGAACAGAACUGGAGCGAACCGUUGAAGUACUACAAGAGUUAGCUAUUCUCGAAGAGGGCGUAUCGCACGUGACCAAUUGGAUCCUAACGACGGCCGAAUCGAUGCUAAACGCACAGCUGAAGGUGGGUUACGAUGUGAAUACGGCCGACCAACUACGCCUGGAGCACGAAAUCUUAGAGCUGCAAUGUUGGAAAACGUACGGAUACUAUGCCGAGCUGAUUUACAAGAUUGACAAUCUGCCUCGGCCCAAGGACUCGUCCGCACAUCAGGACUUGAUGUCUCAGCGCGAAUGGAUGGACUUUGUAUGCCGUAGCUUCGCUCAGCGGUUAGAACGACGACGAAACGUGCUGAUCACGUCGGUGCGCUUCUUUCGCUUAGUGGCUGAGUACUUCGAUAAAACGAGCGAAGUUUUUCAGUCGCUCAUAAUGGGCGAACGGGUAGAAGAUUUCGAGCUUGCCAGUUCAAAUCUACAAAAACUCAAAGAGAACCAAAUUAUGUUAGAAUUGGUAGAACGAGAAAUAAUAAAAGAGGGAGAGAAGCUGAGCGAUGUAUUGCUGAUGCCGGUGAAGGAUGCCGUUGGAAGAGAUAUCGAUGUGGACUAUAGCGAUGAUAUCAGCAAUGUGAGGGACAUCCUUGAUGCCACAAAGUCUAGGUCACGCAUUUUUGCCGAAAGCGUCGAGCUGCAGAAACUGACGCUCGAUCAGAUUACCCACAUUUUUAAGUAUGAAAAGGAUGCUCGCACCGCGAUCCAGUGGAUGGAUGAUCUGCAUAAAGUUAUGCUGCGAUCGCAUACUCAUGUUGGCAGGUCAGUGUACGAGAUUCAGGCACAAAAGGAUGAGCAUCAGGCGUUUCAAGAGACGGCCAAAGGAACGUAUAAUUAUGGGUGUCAGCUACUUAAUGCAUCGCUUGCGUUGCGUCAAUCUUGUAAACUUGACACGGAGCAGAACAUUGCCAUGACCAAAAGCCUGCAAAGCACCUGGAAGAGCUUCCAGGCGGUUAGCCAAGAACAGAUGACUCGGCUCCGAGUGUCCGCUGUGUUUCAUCGCAGUGUAGAGGAGCAUUGCACGAAAUUGCUCGAACUGAAGGACGGCGUGCUAAGGAUUGGCGAGAUCGAAGAUGAGAGCACGCGGAAGGUGCGUCUGCGCAAACAUUUGGCAACGCGAGAACGGCUACUCGUCGAGGUGGGUCGUAUGGUGCGUUUGGGUCGCCUGCUAAAGACAAGACUGAAGGAACCCUUCCUGUUGGACGAUCGAGUAGAUGCUUCCGUGGCGAGCUCCGAGAAUAUUAUUACCGAAAGUGAUAACAUUAUGGCUUGUGAGGCGAUUUCAACACGCUUGACCGAAGUUGCUCGUGUUGCGGAGACACUGGAUAGUGUUCUUAGCGAUGUGCAGGGCGGAUUCAGUGAUGAGAUUGAUGAGCUAACUGGCAGCGACAUCAACGAUGGUAACCCCACACUGGUAAAGCACAACGAUAGUAGCAAUCAGAGUGAUGAUUGGACCUCAAGUGUUAAGUCAACCGAUGAAGGAUCCUUCAUAACCGCUUCCGAUUGCGUCUGUACUCCACAAUCGCGAUCUUCAUCCUACCACACUGCCUCAGAGUGUCGAGCCUCUCCUUGGUGGGGAAUCGAGUCCGUCGAACAACAGAGCUCCCUCGAUAAUGACUCAUCAGAGGAUCACGAUUCCGAGGCAUACCCAUCGAUCAAACUGCUGUCUGGUGUGGUGAUGUCUACGAGUGCGAAUCUUUCCUUUGAUGGCUCGGAAAACAUAUUUCUCACACCAGCAGAUGGACAAGGUGCUGCCAGUAUCGAUUCACAUCCUGAUUCCGACGAUACCGUUCCAUCCGCUAACUCCUCCCGGCAACAGCAGCAACCGAGUCCAUUAGAAACAAGUUCCGCUUCCAGUUCGGCUCUAAAUUCGAUUAAUCGCCGGGAAAACCUUGCUCUAUCGUUGACACCGGAAGAGCUGCAGCAAAUUGAGAACGACAUUCGUAACAACAAUCUCACGGGCAUGGAUGUAGGAGGGCAAGAGAUUAAAAGCACCCAGGUGACACCGACCAGCGAAGACAGUGGGAACGUGAGUACUAGUAGUGUUAAGCUGGAAGACGGAGAAGAUGGAAUACCCAGUCCACUACAGUUAACCGAUUCUGCUCGUUUUGAGCCUGUUAAGGGGCCAACGGACAUAUCGGGGCUCACCUACUACUAUCAGAACAUUAUCACAAAGCAUACGGUGAAAAGUUGUUUGUAGCCCCGAGGGGACCCGAUGCUAACGUUGAGCCAUACAUUUAUGAUACGCCCAAAUCCACAACCAUCUUGCCAACAAUUCUAUGCUUGAAUUGAUCAAAGACUCCAUAGCUAGCACAAGCAUUAGUUUGUCUUAAGUAAAUCAUUUAAGAGCCAUUCACUUUAGGAGAAGUUUGAAUUUUAACAACUUUUCUCAGCGUUAGGAAGAGUAUAGAAGGUAAGGCGUGUUAUUGUGUGAACUCGUUUUGUAGG